AUGGUGGGGAUGAUCAAGAGAUUUCCGUGGCAAAUCGUAGCUUACCUAGCUUCAGGAGCGAAGACGGAGGAAAAAGGAACUAAUGCGGGCUGGCAGAUGGCAAUGAAUUCUAGCGCCUACUACGGAGUAGACUACGGAGGAUACUGUAAGGGGGGGGGUGGUGGGAGGAAAGGCGCAUUGAAUGACAAUCAAUCCCAUCAAUCAUUCAUCAUUCUCCGGGGAUUUGUUCUAGAGAAGGAGAUAAGACUAGCGCCCACCAAUCAGCAUGACGGUUUUACAACCUUCCGCAGAAAGAUUAGGUUUUGGCUACGUCAAGAUCCAGGCCGGUGGGGCCCGGGCCAAAAAGAAGAAAAAGGGAAACAGAAAAAGUCGGCUGGCUGGCUGGCAUACCCAGUCAGGUCAGAAGAGGACCCAGAGAGCUGUUGGAGAGGUUGGAUCAACCGGAACAUGAUCGUCCUGGUGGUGAUACCUACAACAAUCCACGAAUGGAAGAAGUAUCUGGUGGUCUUAUUCCCUGAACACUAA